AUGCGGGCGCCACUCUGCCUGCUGCUGCUCGUCGCCCACGCCGUGGACAUGCUUGCCCUGAACCGCAGGAAGAAGCAAGUGGGCACCGGCCUGGGGGGCAACUGCACGGGCUGCGUCAUCUGCUCAGAGGAGAACGGCUGUUCCACCUGCCAGCAGAGGCUCUUCCUGCUCAUCCGCCGGGAGGGCAUCCGCCAGUUUGGCAAGUGCGUGCACGACUGUCCCCCUGGCUACUUUGGCAUCCGCGGCCAGGAGGUCAACAGGUGCAAAAGGUGUGGAGCCACUUGCGAGAGCUGCUUCAGCCAGGACUUCUGCAUCCGGUGCAAGAGGUGCUUUUACCUGCACAAGGGGAAGUGUCUGCCCACCUGCCCGCCGGGCACCUCGGCCCACCAGCACACACGGGAGUGCCAGGGAGAGUGUGAACUGGGCCCCUGGGGCAGCUGGAGCCCCUGCACACACAAUGGGAAGACCUGCGGCCCAGCCUGGGGCCUGGAGACCCGAGUACGAGAGGCUGGCCGGGUUGGGCAGGAGGAGGCAGCCCCCUGCCAGCUGCUGUCUGAGUCAAGGAAGUGUCCCAUCCAGAGACCCUGCCCAGGAGACAGAAGCACCGGCCAGAAGAAGGGUCGGAAGGACCGACGCCCGCGCAAGGACAGGCCGCUGGACCGCAGGCUGGACGUGCGGCCACACCCGCCAGGCCCACAGCCCUGA